GGUUGUUUGGGAAACACCGUGUGUUCUAUUGCUUGUAUCGAGAAAAUCUCUGUAACCUAUCAUUGUUAUAGUAAAGAAAUACUCGGAGCUGCUGUUCCCGUGGACUGGCCCAAAAUCAGGGUAUACCACGUAAAUCCUCGGUGUCAUUUA